AUGACUAAACUUGGAUCAAAAAAUGAACCACAAAUUGAAACACCUGCCAAAAUGUCAUCAUCACAUUCUUCAGUAACUUAUACUGAUGAUCAUGAUAUUUGCAACUUCAUAAAUGCAAAUUUAACAAAUUCUCAAAAAAUUGAAGUUUUAAAGAAGUUAUGGAAGCCGCCAGUAGAAUGUCUAUUUCCUUCAACAAAACUAGAUGGCGCAUUUUGUAAAUUUUGCAUUUUAUUUCAAUCAGUUGAUGGUAACGUUAGAUGGGGUAAUCAUCAGAAGUCUGGUCAGUUGUGCUCCGAAAAAUUUUCAAACUGGAAACACGCCAAAGAAAUCUUCAAUGAUCAUAACAAAAACAAAUAUCAUUUAAAAAACAUGGAGAAAGCAGCACUAGUCAGCCAGAUUAUUAAAGGAAACGCAGAAAAAAUAGAUCUACAACUCGAUAAAAUGAAAAAACAAGAGAUUAUUGAGAACAGGAUAAAUCUAAAACCUAUUAUUGAAACCGUAGUAGUUUGUGGAAGACAAGGUUUAGCUUUAAGGGGUCACGUUAACAGUGAACGAGUAAUAAUUGAAUCGGAGAGUAAAGAAGAUGAAGAUCAGAAUCAAGUAAUUUUCAGAGAGCUGCUGAAACAUAGAGCUACUUGCUAUGAUGAAAACCUAAAAGAAUUUUUGUGUAAGAGUAAGAUCAAUGCUAUGUACACAAGUGCCCGCAUUCAAAAUGAAAUAAUUGACAUAUGCAACGGGUUAAUUCUUGAAAAUUUAAAGUCACAGAUAAAAUCAUCUUUAUAUUUUUCAAUUUUGGUGUACGAAACUGAUGACAUUGCAUACAUUGAACAAAUGUCCAUAUGUAUUCGAUUUAUUGAUUUGCCGGAAUAUACCAUAAAAGAGCUAUUUCUGCAAUUUGUUCCUUUACAAGAUUUAACAAGAAGAGGAAUAGCAACUGCAAUUUUAAAUUUCUUAAAUUCACUAGUAUUAAACUUGAACUUGAUGAGAAGCCAAGGAUACGAUGGAGCCGCAUCAAUGUCUGGUAAAUUUAAUAGUGUUCAGGCAUACAUUCGAGAACUAUAUCCCACAGCUAUAUAUGUUCACUCUACUGCACAUUCUUUGAAUUUGGCUGCGUCCAAUUCAUGUGAUUUUUUCUAA